AUGGUUUAUAUUGGUUCAGGUGAUGCCAAGCUUGGUAGAGCAAGAUCUAGAUCACACUCAUCUCAUGGAUCUAGAACACCAAGUCUUCAUCAGCCAGGAUUGUCUCGUCGUUCUUCCAUGUCCGCCGGCCAUCCGGGAGGCUUGAAGCAAGUCGAUACCACUCAAAUCGGUAUUCCUGUGAUCACUCCUCGAAAAGAACGACCUGGACAUGUCCGAUCUCUGACAGGUUCAUACUUCCCCGCUCAAAAAGGUGUUGUGACAAUGGAAGAUGAAUGGCCCAUCGGUGAUGAGAAAACAUGGAAGACUGCUCUCAAAGCAAUGGACUUUGACCAUGAGGAUGAUCAAGAGGUUGCCAACACUGUUGUUAGACAUGUUACCACCAGUCUGGCUAGACAAGCUUAUAACAUGGACAAUAUCGCAGCAUAUCAUGCUACUGCCUUGUCUGUGCGAGACAGGCUUCUCGAGCGAUGGAAUGAGACUGCUCUCCAUCACACUAAGAAGGCACCCAAACGGGUCUACUAUUUCUCUAUUGAGUGGCUUAUCGGAAGGUCUCUCGAUAACGCUGUCCUCAACUUGGGUUUGAGAAACACCUACGAGAAUGCCUCUCAGAAGCUUGGUUUCAACUUCGAAGAUUUGCUUAACGAAGAGAGAGAUGCCGGGUUGGGUAAUGGUGGUCUUGGUCGUCUCGCCGCUUGUUACAUUGAUAGUAUGGCAACCCUUAAUAUUCCGGGUUGGGGUUAUGGUCUUAGGUACAAUUACGGUAUUUUCAAGCAACUCAUCUCCAGUACCGGUGAACAGCUCGAAGCUCCUGAUCCAUGGCUUGAUCGAGAGAACCCUUGGGAAAUUGGUCGUCUUGAUGUAGCAUACCCCAUUCGGUUCUAUGGAAGAGUAGAAAACGUUCCAAGUUCCGACAAAGCUGUCUGGUCUGGUGGCAUGGAAUGUCUUGCCGUAGCUUACGACACCCCCAUUCCUGGUUUCAACACGAAAAAUUGUGCUAAUAUCCGACUCUGGAGUGCUAAGCCAGUACAAGGUUUUGAUUUGAACUCUUUCAAUGGUGAGUACCGUGAAGUUGAGAACAUUACUCGAGUCCUUUACCCCAAUGACAACAUGUACGCGGGUAAGAAACUCCGGAUCAUGCAACAGUACCUCUGGGUUAGCGCUUCUCUCCAAGAUAUCCUCAGAAGAUUCACUAAACUCGACCUCCCUUGGACCGCGCUUCCAGAUUAUGUCUGUAUUCAAAUGAACGAUACUCAUCCUACUCUCGCCAUCCCUGAGCUCAUGAGAAUCUUGAUGGACGAGGAGGAACUUUCAUAUGAGGAUGCUUGGAAGAUCACUACUAAGGUCUUUGCUUAUACCAACCAUACUGUGCUCCCUGAAGCCCUCGAAAGAUGGCAGAUUGACUUGUUUGAAAGUCUAUUACCUAGACACUUGCAAAUCAUCUACAAAAUCAACUAUGACUUCAUGCAAGCCGUUGCUAAAAGAUGGCCAGGUGACGCAGAUCGAAUGAGAAGAAUGAGUAUCAUCGAAGAGGGUAGUCCCAAAUACGUCAGAAUGGCCUACCUCGCUAUCGUCGGAUCCUUCAAGGUCAACGGUGUAGCCGAGCUACACAGUCAGCUCUUGCAAGCUACCAUCUUCAAGGACUUUGUUGAGUUCAAAGGAAGAGACUUCUUUACCAAUGUCACAAACGGUAUCACUCCUCGAAGAUGGCUCCUUCAAUGUAACCCUCAAUUCGCAGCCCUCAUCACCCACACUUUAGGUAAUGAUCAUUGGCUCACUCACCUCAAGACCCUCAAGCAACUCUUGCCAAUGGCCGAGAAUGAAGAGUUCAGAAAAGCAUUCACCAGCAUUAAGAUGGAGAACAAGCAAAGGUUGGCGGAACUAGUCGAGGCGGAGCUUGGUAUCACCUUGAACAUUGACAGUAUAUUCAUGACUCAAAUCAAAAGGUUGCACGAGUAUAAACGUCAAACCCUCAACUUGUUCGCCGUCAUUUACCGAUACUUGCGAAUCAAGAACGCCUCUCCCGAAGACAGAAAGAAGAUUGCCAAGCAUACUGCAAUCUUCGCUGGAAAAGCUGCACCAGGAUACUACAUCGCUAAGCUUACCAUCCGACUCAUCAACAAUGUCGCCCGGGUGGUCAACAAUGAUCCGGAUGUUGGUGAUAUCCUCAAAGUGGUAUUCAUUCCCGAUUACAGUGUCUCCAUUGCCGAGGUCCUCGUUCCUGCUUCCGAUGUUUCAGUACAGAUCAGUACUGCUGGUACUGAAGCCUCCGGUACCUCCAACAUGAAAUUGGCUCUCAACGGUGCUCUAUUGCUUGGUACCGUUGACGGUGCCAAUGUCGAAAUCGCCGAGGACGCGGGUGAAGAUCAAUCUUUCCUUUUCGGACAUCUCAACGAACAAGUCGAAGGAGUCAGAUUCACCAACUCGUACCAGCCCACCCCACUUGAACAACGAUCUCCCGAGCUCGCUGAGGUAUUCAAAGCUAUUGAAGGUGGCAUUUUCGGUGAUGGGCAUACUUACGACCCUUUGUUGAAGACAGUUUAUGAGCAUGAUCACUACCUGGUGUCGAACGACUUUGGAUCUUACCUCGCCGCCGAGAAACUAAUGGACGAGACGUACGAUAACAACCGCACUGAAUGGGUCAAGAAAUCCAUCAUUACAGCUUUCAAUAUGGGCGAUUUCUCAUCUGAUAGAUCUGUACAAGAUUACGCAGAUGGUAUCUGGAGUGUUGAACCUUGUGAAGUUCCUGAGACUGUCGUCUGA